CGUAAACAUCCUGUCCUUCAAAACAGCAGCUGUAGGAUUGAAACUUACCGUAGAUAUGGAAUUACAGGCCUAUUUCUUCACUGUUUUUAUAUAAGUUACAUAUUACUUAUUGAAUUAGACGCAUUUUGGCCUCCUGGCAUCUGCCCGAAGUAUGACUUUGAUUUUUCUUUUAUUGAUCCUGCAGCUGGUUGAGCUGAACUCUGCACUCAGAGAUCAGCAGGAAGUGAGAGGGAAACUUGGACAGAACGUGUCCCUGGGCUGCAUUGGACCCAGAGACGCAGAAAUCAAACUCUUCACCUGGACCAAAAAUAGCAGUCGACGGGACUAUGUGUACUUCUACCGUAAAGACCGUCAGUACCCGUCCUACCAGGACGACUCGGUCAGAGGACGGGUCCAUCUGAGGGAGGCCUCGGCCAUGAAGGACGGAGACUUCUCCGUGGUUCUGCUGAACCUCAGCAUGACGGAUGCAGGAACCUACGUGUGUCGGAUCGUUACCCAGAACCCAGGUGGAGCUGAUGGAGAGUUUCAGAGCUUCGUCCACCUCAGUGUCUCAGGUGAGGGUCCCAGUCGGACCAAUGGGUCCACUGCCUCCUGAUUUACUGUGAUAAACGUCAGAGAUGAAUAUCAGAUCGGUUCACCUGGAUGGAAGCUAAAGUCUGAUGCUAUGGUUGUUCUCAUGCAGAUUUCUCUUGUUUCUGUUCUGCAGGAACAGAAGAGGAAGAAGAACCCAAGAACACAGAAGACGAGGGAACAACGGAUGCGGCUAAAACAUUGUUCGCUCUAGUUGGGAUCAUUGUGCCGCUACUUUUUCUGAUUAUCGUCUGUUUUGUUCUUAUCAAAAAACGUGCUUUGUCAAAGUGUAGAUUAAGUUCCUUCCAAAUGGAACCGGAACUAAAGAACCGAACAGGAAUGAUUUGAUCUGAAUCAUACUGAAUGUGAGAACGUUUCUUAUUUCUCUGAAAUAUUCCCUGUUAUCAGAAAUAUAUGAGACUUAUAAGCUGCUUUGCACCUUUUGCACUUUUCCUGCUAUGUGGCAUCCUCUGUCCGUCAGCAGCCUCAGGCACCUUGGUUGUUCCCUGGCAAAAAUUUUGUUUAAUGGAAAAACGUUUUUAAUAUGAUUUUAUGAAUUUUUUUAUAUUGCAGAUGUAAUAAAAAAAAUCACUUUGUUUGUAGAUAAGCUAUUUGUAAUGAAAUGUUAAAGUUCUUUCCAGGCUAAUAAAGCAUUAAUUCAA